AUGGCCUCCAGAGCUGCAUGGAACCCGGUGCUCAGAAAAAGAUGGCUCAGAGUUCAAGAGGUACACAACCCAGGAGAUGCAGCCAAAAGUGAGAGGAAGAUGCCGCCCUACGUCAGUUACCAUGCGCAGCGCUCCUACCCGAUGCCAGAUGAGCCCUUCUGCACCAAGCUCACCGCAGAGCAGCAGGCACUGAAGGAGAAGGAGAAGGGCAGCUGGACCCAGUUGACUCAUGCUGAGAAAGUGGCCUUGUACCGACUCCAGUUCAACGAGACAUUUGCAGAGAUGAACCGGCGCUCCAAUGAGUGGAAGACAGUGAUAGGCAGCGUCGUCUUCUUCAUCGGAUUGACGGCCCUGCUGAUUUGGUGGCAGCGGGUCUAUGUGUUGCCGGAGAAACCCUUCACUCUGAAAGACGACCAGAAGGCCCAGCAACUGCAGCGCAUCCUGGACAUGAAGAGGAACCCUGUGCAAGGCCUGGCUGCCCGGUGGGACUAUGACAAGAAGGAGUGGAAGAAGUGA